AAAACACUUUUCUGUUUAACCUUUAUGGACCAAGAAACAAACGCUAAGCGAGUAGAGGAUAGACUGUAAAGAGGCGCGGUGGACCGGUACUUCUACAACCUGAAAAACCUUUGAGUAGCACACCUCUAGAAAAUAAUCAAUAGACAAAGGAGAUAUUUCACCUUUAAACCAUUACAAAAAAAAAAAAAAAAAAACGUAAAACUUUUAUUGAAAGAAAGAGAUUUCAGCGCCAUGACAUUUUUAGUAAUUCCUCGAGCUCCUUUUCUCUGUCUCCUCAUUUUUCUGAACGUCUCAUCGGCUGCAAAGGUGCACAGCUCAAACAACAGUGUCAGGGGGCGAGGCAUGCCUCUGAUUAACGGUACACUUCCAGACAAGUAUAAGGAGCAGAUCCAGAGCUACAGCUUUACACUUGUGGUUCCUCUUGUCUGCCUCUUCGCCUUUUUCAUUGGGCUUCCGUCAAACUUGUUGGCUCUCUUUGUGCUGCUCUUCCGAACCAAGAAACUCCCAUCCACCAUUUUGCUGAUCAACCUCACCAUCUGCGAUCUUCUGCUACUGCUGGUACUCCCCUUCCGUAUCGUCUACCACUUCCUGGGCAACAACUGGACAUUUGGAGAACCAUUCUGUCGUGUUGUGAUUGGGCUCCUCUAUGGAAACAUGUACGGCUCAGUGGUUUGUCUGGCACUGAUCGCCAUGGAUCGCUACAUAGCUCUCGUUCACCCUUUUGAUGCCAAGAUGCUUCGAAGUAACAAGAAUUCUGUCUGUAUGAGUGUUUUGGUUUGGAUAGUGGUUUUAGCUGCUGUUGUGCCCUUAUUAGCCUCACAACAGUCCUAUAAGCUAAUUGACUCUCCUCUAACAACCUGCCAUGAUGCACUACCUAUAGAAGAGCAAGAAAAGUACUUCCUGCCAUACUUUGCUAUUCUCUUCUCCAUAUGCUUCCUGCUUCCACUGCUGGUUGUGCUGUUCUGCUAUUCUGCAGUGUUACGCACCCUUAUAGGUGAAGGGCAGCGUUUUGCCCAUGCGAUUAGAGUGACUGUGCUGAUGCUAAUGGUUUUUGUAGUUUGCUUAUUGCCCAGUAACAUUCUCUUGCUUUUGCAUUACUCCAAAUCAGCUUUCGACCUUUAUGUUCCAUACCAGAUCGCUUUGUCUUUCAGCACCUUCAACAGCUGCUUCGAUCCAUUCAUCUUUUACUAUGUGUCUAAGGAUUUCAGAAAGAAGUUAUGGGAGGCUCUCAGAUGUUCUGGGUCUGAUUCAGAGUCCUCCUCAGAAUCGAGGACAAAGAUGACCUUACUAUCAAAGAUGAGUAGGACUGAAGGAGCAGCCUGAUCAUGAGGUUAGCAUGACAGGUAUGGAAAUCAGAAAACAUUAGCUUAUGUAAGUAAAAAAUUCUAGGGCGUAUUGAAUGAUUACUCUAGAGAACUGGCUUUCUAUCUGUCCACCCACGUUAAGUUUAAUUGGCACGGGAAAAACUGGCAUGAGGAGAUAUGAAUUCAUUUCCUCCUUAUUUCCUUUAGUCAUUAGUGAUACAGGAGACAAAUAGAUAUAUUUAAAAACAUUUAAAAAUGAAAGGCAACAUGCAACAGUAGUCAUGCUUUCAGGCUUUCUUCCAUGAAGCCCGCUGAAUGUUGGCACAUUCAAUUUGAAUGCGUUGAAUGCUUUUUGUAAAGAUACACAUGAUGACUCAGCGGUCUCCAUGGCCUGAAGUUGACUGCUAGAUUAAUAAUUGUGGAAAACAAACUGCCACAAACAGUCAUGAUCCAACAAAUCCAAAACAAUUCUGUAUUUGUAUAUUAUAUUAUAUAUUAUAUUAUAUUAUAUUAUAUUAUAUUAUAUUAUAUUAUAUUAUAUUAUAUUAUAUUAUAUUAUAUUAUAUUAUAUUAUAUUAUAGUAAACCGUAAUGAAGGAUGUGUGCAUUAAUAUAUAUAUUAAAAAAAAGAAGCGGAAUAUAUAACUGCAAUUUAAUUUAACUGUGGACUAAAAACUGAAUGCAUUUAAUGAGUUCAAACUGUGAAAGGUAUAAUGUAAUGUACAUUUCAGCCACGUAAUAUAGUGUGACAAUACAGCGGUGGUGUAUUAACCAUUAAUUAGAAAAUGGGGGACUAAAAUGCCUUUUAUGAGCCUGUUCUUGCAAUAGAAGUUUGUGUAUCUUUGUGUACCUCCUGUACUUAACCACAUCAUAUCUGCAACCAUGUCUAACUCUUAUGUCAAGAACUGAUGACUGCAUUUUUCGUGUUGUUAAUUCCUAACAUUAACUAUGUACAUUACAACCAACAAUGUAUUUGAAUGUAUAUUUAAACAGUAUGUUGUUUUAUAAUAUAAUACCUGACAUAUUUAUUUUUGUAUGUUGAUUUGCUUAAAAAGUAUUCCUAUUUCCAAUUACCUUUACUUAUAAAAAUUAAAGUGAUAUGUACUAACAUCACAAUAUUUAAUGAUUUGACUAAUGUAGCUGCUAAAAUGAUCAAUUCUGAACGUAGUACUCCUUUUAGUGGACAAUACCGACCUCUAGUGGAGACAUUUACAACCUUGAUAUAACUGAGAAUGGAAAAACUAAAACUCCCUAAUGGCCCUACAAGUAUUUAUCAGUCUGAGGUAUUGUCUUUUUUUAAACAAUGCAAAACUUCACAGGUGGAUAUCCCAGACAGAGUUUGACUUUUUAUUUUGCCAGAACUCUAUUAGGCCUGUUUUUUUUUAUAUAGUUUAUAGUUUUUUGUCCGAUUGUGGCUCAGAAUAAUGCUUUUUUAUCUCUUUUAGGGAAAUAUGUUGAGUUUUCCAUUAAAAUGUUUGUUCAUUUGUUACCAUCUUAUAUUAGAGAUUCAACAGAUUUAUUAAUAAAAAUUGGAUGUGUAUGAUCUACCGAAGACAUCUUUGUCACUCACUUUGGAUAUUACUAACCUUUAUAUAAAUAUUUCACAUGAGAAGUGUCUUUGUAUGCUUAAACAUUAUCAUUCUCAGCCAGGAGAAGCGAGUGCACCUUCAGAAUUUCUAAUACAGAUGGCCUCUUAUGCCUUAAAAUGCAAUUAUUUCAUAUUUGAUAAUGAUUGAGUGAGUGUUAUGGCAACAGGCUCCAUUUUUGCCCCAAAUUAUGCCAACUUUGAGCAUUGUUAUGUAUUAAAUAGUGAUGUUAAUCCUUUUCUUCCAUGUAUCCUAAAAUGGUAUGGAUAUAUUGGUAUAUUCUGUAUCCGUGUGAUCAAUACAGCUCAUGAAUUUGUGACAAUUUUAAAUAGUUAUGUGGGUAAUUUCAAAUUUACUUUGGAAGUGAAUGUUCUAUUUGACCUAUGCGUGAGAAAAUUUAAGGUAGGCUACAUAACAACUUUAUUACAAAAGUUACAAAUUGUAACACUCUUUUGCUUGCUGCUAGUUUUCAUCCUACCUUUUUGAAAAAGGGACUUACCAAGAGUCAGUUUUAAAGACUGAGGAAAAUUUGAAGAAUUUGCAAAGUGGAUAUUCGCCUGAUUGGACUGAAGAAGAAGUGUUAAAAUGUGAUGAUUUAUCAAUUGUGUCCUUGUUUGUUAUUGGUUGGGUUAGGUUAAAACAUACUGUUGUAUAUACUGACAAAUAUACUGGCAAAAGUGUGCAUUAUUAUAUUCAUGAACACACACAAAAGAAUAUGUAUGUUUGAUUUGUAAGAGCACAGUUGACAUGCCCUAGAUUGACUCACAACAACAAAUGGCCCUUUGAUUUCAUUCUUCCUCUUGUUUUGUUAUUGACUGCAUGUUCACUUUGUCCUGUUACUGUUGAAAGCAGCCGAAACAGAAAAGGAGAAACAUGAAAUAGCUGGCCAUAAAAACUGUCAGUUGAACUGAUUCUGUGCUGUGGUUUAUUUGCAAUCAGACUGCAAUAAUUCAACGGUUUAUUUUUUUGAUUUCUACAUUAGCUUCUUUAAUGAUACAUUACAGCCUUUAGACAUGCUCCACAAAGUCUUACUUGUCACUGAAACGUGUAAUGACAUUUAAUAACGGUCUAUUUUGUUCACUUGGAUUCCCACAUUCAGUGGUUCAGAAGUGUUGUGAUUUUAUAAUUUAUUGAUUUAAGGAGAACACAAGGGCAGGCUUUAUUUGCUUUUUGCAAACAUUCAUAGGUAAACUGGAAUGUCCCCACUUGCAUGCACACUGUCAAAGGGUUAAGAUUGAUAAAGUAGCACUAUACUACAUGUAUUUAUACUAAACAAAUUAUACUAAAAAUGUAAACCUGUUUAUAAGUUAGUGUUUUUUUGUUUGUUUUUUUAACCACCACAUUUAGUUGCGCAUUGUAGAAUAACUGAUAAAGCCCAACAAAACAAUAUCCAAUGAGAAAAACUAAAAUGGUCAUAAUAGAGUGGUUGUAAGAGCUUAGUUUGCAUUGUAUGUUUUGUACUGGCUUAUUUUCACUGAAAUAGGAAAUAUCUUUAAAUUAGAGACUGAUCUGUUGUUCCCC